AUGAAGAUCAUAGCUGAACUUUCAUCAACGCAUCAGAAAAAAACCCUUAUGGAGUCCGCAAAAAAGAAAAAAGUUAAGGCAUGUAGUAUAAAUGAAAGCUGGGAAAAUGGAAAGUUCUCGUUUAGUCCAAAACUCACUUGGAAAGUAAUUAAUGAGAUAUUAGAUAAGAAUUAUAAUAAGAAUGAUGAUGUUAAAGUUAUUAAAUUAGAUGAUAACACUCUUGAUGUCAAAAAUGAGCCUCUAAAUAUUGCUGUUCUCCAACCUUAUGCACAAGAACUAAAACAAAUUUUAAUUUCAUCUCAUGAAGGGAAACACAUAUAUGAAAGUUAUCAAUUAAAUGAUUAUUUUACUUUUAAUAUGAGGAACAAGCUUUACAUACUUCAUACCCUACAAAGAAUAGAAGUAAAGCAAGGAGUUAGAAUAGGUGGAGAAACAAUUAACGCUCUGAGAUUUGCUGAUGACAUCGCUUUCUGCGCAGAAACAGAAAAUGACCUACAAAAUAUUUUAACUAAGGUCAAUAAAAUAUUAGGGGACAAAUAUGGAAUGCGAUUAAAUAAAAAAAAGACAAAGGUUAUGGCGUGCAGCAAGACAAACCCUGCUCAACUUAAUAUAUACAUAGAUAAUGCACGCAUAGAACAAGUACAACACUUUAAUUAUUUAGGAAGUAAAAUAACAGAAGAUGGCCGUAGUAAAGAUGAAAUUCUAAGUAGAAUAGCGCAAGCGAAGAGGGCUUUCCAGAAUAAAAAACAUCUACUAACCACCAAUAGUAUGGACUUACAGGUAAGGAAAAGGUUCUUACAAAUAUAUAUAUGGAGUAUUGCCUUAUAUGGCUGUGAAACCUGGACAAUCAGUGCAACAGAGAAAAGAAAACUAGAGGCCUUCGAAAUGUGGUGUUAUCGUAAAAUGUUAAGAAUUAAAUGGAUUGAUAGAAUAACGAAUGAAGCAGUACUGAUUAGAAUAAAAGAAAAGAAAAUACUAUGGCAUACCGUGAAAGUUAGAAGAGCUAAAAUGAUAGGACAUCUACUACGCCAUGAGAGUCUAACAAAAACCAUCAUAGAAGGCGACGUUGAAGGCCAUAUAGGAAGAGGAAGACCAAGGAUGGAGUAUAUGAAGCAAUUAAUGAGUGACAUGGGGAAGAAUAGUUAUAAAAAGCUAAAGGAAUUGAGUAAUGAUAGGGAAGCAUGGAGAACUGCAGCAAACCAAUCUAAGGAUUGAAGACUAAAAAAAAAAACCCCUACAAAAAAGAGAAUGGACAUAUAAGACCAAAUAGAGGAAAGUUGUGGGAUCGCUAUUCAAAUAUUCGAAAAGAUAUUCGGAAAUUAAACAAUUAUGUCGUCUUAAAUGAGUCUGCGAGUAACAUACAUACUACAGAUAAUAUUGCUGAUCAAGGUUCAUAUAUUAUUGUAUUAUUUAUACAUGUACCUACCUAUAAAAAAGUUUUUUUUUUUUUAAUAUUAACAUGAUAUUUAGGAGUUAUUGAGAAUGAUAUACUGUGGCUAAAAAAUAAUCACGAACCCAUGAAUAUUGUUGUUGAUAAAUGGAACAGCACUAGGAACUAUAGGUACAAAGAAAUGAUGACUUGCAAAGAAGAACUAUAUUAUUUUAAAGAAUUUCCAUCUAUUAGAGAUGGUCAAGGUUAUCAGUUGGUUAGUAAAACUUUGUAUGUUCUAAUUAAUCUUAAAAAUAUUUAUGUUUAACAUUAUGAAUGUUACAAUAGUACAAUAAUAAUUUAUAAUUCUAGAUUGAAUAUGAUUUUAAUGAAAUGUAUUCCCAAAAAGAAGUUAUCUUUUAUGAUAAGUUUCCUAGUUUGGUCGGAAUUCUGCCAAAUUAUAUAAAAAAGUUUAAGCCUAAGUUAGUGAAAGACUCAAACUAUUUGGUAUUGGCAGAUCUAAAUACUUACAUCCAUUUCACCAGGCAAUAGAAGAAUUUAUGUUAUUAAGAUGUUUAUUUAUUUGUAUAAAUAUUAUAAAUUCCUAUUUUGUAUGCACAUAUCAGAUCAUAUUACUGCUGCAUUCAUCUUGAUUCCGAGGAUAUUCCCAUCAUUAACUGUAAGCAUACUGUAUAAUGUUGGUGGAACAAGAAAAAGAAAAAAAGAAAGUUGGAGACCAUCAAAUGAAGAAAUUUCAGAAGACUUCAUUGUCAUUCUAAAAAAUGUUGCUCAAUUGAAAGAAAUUAUUAACAUCAAAACUACUAAGGCUACUUCGUUUGGGUUAACUGUUCAGCCAUAUGUUGCUUUGCUCUGUUCAGAUCCUCAGAAUGAAUUGAUUGUAACAGCGUCGUAUGUAAUAAUAAACAAGUAUACAUUUAAAGCAGAAACGCCACUAAAGGCAGUAGAUAUUUGUUUCAAAAGUUUUUUUGCACUAAAUUUAAAAUAUCCUGUACAAUCAGACCACGUAUGGGAAUUUAUUCAAAAAUUCUUUUAUGGUAUCAUUAAAAAAGAAGAUAAAAAAUACCAAUGUGUUGACAAUAUUAUUAAUGACUUUAAACUAAAAUAAUUGUGCGUAAACCGCUUUUCUUUAAAUCAUUUAAUUUUUUUAUAAUCUCUUUAUAUAAUAUUUCUUAAGUAUUUUGUUCCUAGUAGAUUGUUACAUUUAUAUUCAAUUAAUUAAAAAAUAUCAGUUUAAAAAUGCCUCAAUGUUUUAAAUGCUUUUCUAAAUUCAUUAAUUAUGAUUUAUUAUUUCUACAUCUUAAAAUUUACCAUCAACAUAUCACUCCUUAUAAAUGUCUUGAAAGUAAUUUUUUUAGAACUUUUAACUGUAUCAAAUCAUUUAAAAAGCACGUCAAAGGUCAUGAUAAUAAUUUGAAUGAACAAACUAUUCUAAAUCUAAAAAAUCUUCAAACUCCAGCUAUUGAACAUGCAAUUAUUGGUCACGAAACUGAUCGUUUAAAUAUUAAUAUUAAUAAUUCUCAACCAACCAACAACAAUAUAACUACAAAUUAUGAAUCUUUUGUCUAUAACAAAGCAUUAGUAUUGCUAUCAAAAUGGUAUAAUAAAUCAGGUGUGCCAAGAAAUAAAAUUCAAACUAUUAUUGAUGACUUCACUUCAUUUCUAAAUGAUUUUUUACCACAGCUUCAUAAUAAUGUAAUUGUUAAGUUACAGAGUAAUGAUAAAUCAACUUUUGAAAUAGAUGCAAUGUUCAAUAUAAUUGCUAAUCCAUUCAAAAAUUUUAAUACUGAGCAUCAAAGAUUUAAAGCUUUAGAAGAACUAGGUGUAUUUAGUAGACCAAAACCUGUGCACUUGGGUUAUCGUUUGAAUGAUAAACUUAAGAAUGGCCGGACUAUUGCUGUUUCUACUCCCAUUAAUGCUUAUAGCGCACCAUUGCCUAUACUUCUUAGAAAGUUUUUUGAAAUGCCAAAUGUUUUAAAUAUGAUGAUUACUUAUACAGAGGAAUUACUUAAAAAUGAAUGUAUAAUUAGCAAUUUGAUUCAAAGUAAUAUGUGGAAAAAAAACUUGAAAAAAAUCCAAACAAAAUGUUAUUUCCGUUUUUAUUAUAUUUUGAUGAAUUUGAAACUAAUAACCCUCUUGGUUCACAUGCUGGAAUACAAAAACUUGGAGCGAUUUACAUAUCUUUACCAUCUUUUCAUCUAGAAUAUGCAUCAAAAUUAGAAAAUAUAUUUUUAAUUUAUUUAUUUAAUUCUUUAGAUAAAAAACAAGUUGGUAAUCAAAAUCUCUUUAAACAUUUAAUAUCAGAAAUUAACUUUUUAGAAGAGUCUGGUAUUAAUGUAUUUGUAAAUAAUCAACAAUAUCAAAUUUAUUUCAGUUUAGCUUUAAUAGUUGGGGACAAUUUAGGUUUACAUAGUAUUUUGGGGUUCACUGAAUGUUUCGUUUCUAAUUAUCCUUGUAGGUUUUGUCAUAGUUCAAAAGAGGAGUGCCAUGCACAAAUUUCCCAAAAUAACGAGAAUCUGAGAAAUAUUGAUAAUUAUAAUGAUGAUGUUAAUACUAAAAAUGUUGCACUAACUGGAAUUGUUGAAUCAUGUAUUUGGAAUAAUGUAAAUUCAUUUCAUGUUGUUUAUAAUUAUUCUGUUGAUUUAAUGCAUGAUUUACUUGAAGGUGUAUGUAACUAUGACAUGUCAAGUAUAAUUAGAAACUUUAUUUUAGAAUUCAAGUAUUUUAGUUUAGAAGCCUUAAAUAACAGAAUUCAGUUUUUUGAUUAUGGACCAAGUGAAAUUAAAAACCGACCACCACUAAUAAAUGAACACUCAUUAAAAAGUAACAACCCCACAAUAUGUAAAAUGUCAGCUUCGGAAAUGUGGUGUUUUGUACGAUGCUUUGGUCUUAUGAUUGGUGAUUUGGUACCUAUAGAAUCAGAGUUUUGGAAGUUAUACAUUUUGCUUAAAAAAAUUCUUGAUUUGACCACUACUCGAUCAAUAGGGCUUGAAAGCUCGAAUACUUACUUAAAAUGUUAAUAUCAGAACAUCAUGCCUUAUAUUUAGAAUUAACCAAAAUUAACUUGAAACCAAAAUUUCACCAUUUGAUUCAUUACCCUUAUAUUAUGGAACAAGUAGGUCCAUUGAUUAAUAUUUGGUCUAUGCGGUUUGAGGCCAAACAUAAAGAGUCAAAAAUUGCUGCUCGAACAAUAUCAAGUAGGAAAAAUAUUUGUUAUACGUUAAUGUUAAAAAAUCAGUUAAAAAUGUCCUACAAAUUUACUCAAAUAUCAAAAUAUUCUAAAUUUUCAAGUUCUUUAACACUUUGAGUGCCAUGUGUAUCAAUUUCAAUACACAACUAAUAUAUUUAUUUGUGCCGUGUGUAUUGAAUAUGAUACACAUUUAUAUGGUAAACACAUUAUAAAAAAAAUGUCCCGGUCAGAAUGGUCAGUUUUGUCAUUUGUGGCCUGGCACUCAAUGUGUUAAAUGUAGGUAAAAAUGUAAUGUAUUCUUUAGACAUAAAAAAAAAAUUUAGCUUCUGUUUUAAAUUAUCCAUGUAUAGAACACUCUAAUUUUGUUUCUUGGAUUGAAGUAAAAAAUAUUCAUUACACUACAAAUAAUAUGUAUUUGGUAUUGGAUAUUUCAGAUUUACCUGUUUUUGGUUUUUUAAAAUACAUUUCUAUACUACCUGACCUUACAGCUUUAGGUAUUUUUUAAGUGCUUAAAACAAUUAAUUUUAAUGAACAUUUACAAUCAUAUUAUGUUGAGAAAACUCAAAUUAUAUCUUCUUCAAACUUUACAGAUUUACCUAAUUUUAGUCCUACAUUUUGUUGUAUAAAACAAAAUGGCCUUAGUUAUAUACCUUUAAUAUUGUAAACAUUAAAAUAUAUAAUAUUUAUUAAAAGCUUA